CCUCCCUUGGGUCUGUGGACCCGAGUUUGGGAACCACCUCCCUGUGUCCUGCACCUUCCCCUCCUCUCUCCACCCCUCUCCUCCUCCUCCUUCCUCUCGGUGUUAUCCCACCGCUCCACCGGUGCGCUCAAAAGCGAGAGCGCAGACUGAGCGAGGUGGAUGUUGCAGGAGAGCUGAAAGAGGAGAAGUAGGAGGUGAAAGAGGGAAAAAAAAGCUCUUUGUAGUGACAUGCGGAUGUACUAAUAGUAGUGAAGUGAAGCGCAGUAUCAGUGUCCGAUCAAAAGUAGAGAGAGAGAGGGUAGCAGAAGAAACACGGAGCGCCUGUUCGUCCCCCUGCUUCAGCACCGCAGGGAGGAGACACGCAGAGGAGGAAAGAUUCCCCUAAACGCAGUGAGAGCGUCGGAUGAGGAGAAGAGGAGAGCGGAGGGCAUCGGAUAGGCAACAAGGAUGGCAGCACCAGACUUAUUGGACCCUAAAUCCGCCACUCACAAUACCAAGCCCCGCCUCUCCUUCUCCACAAAGCCAAUCACACUGACUCCUCGGGAGGAGAGUGAGGUGGUUACCACAGUGAUGAAAUGGAAGACGGUGACAGCCAUCUUUCUUUUGGUGGUUCUGUACCUGGUGAUGGGAGCAGCAGUCUUCAGAGCCCUGGAGCAACCUCAUGAGAGCGCCCAGCGUUUGGCCAUCCUCUCCCAGAAGCUGGAGUUCCUGUCCAGACACUCUUGUGUCAACCAGAGUCAAAUGGAGGAGCUGGUUAAGCAAGUUGUGUCUGCGAUCCGUUCAGGAGUAAACCCUGCAGGGACGCUGACCAACCACAGCAGCUUGUGGGACCUGAGCUCUGCCUUCUUCUUUGCUGGGACUGUUAUCACAACCAUCGGUUUUGGAAACAUCUCUCCACACACAGAAGGUGGAAGGAUCUUCUGUAUCGUUUAUGCGUUGCUAGGGAUACCUUUGUUCGGCUUCCUCUUGGCCGGUGUGGGAGAUCAGCUCGGCACCAUAUUCGGCAAGGGCAUCGCCAGAGUGGAGAAAAUGUUUAUGCACUGGGACAUCACUCAGACAAAGAUCCGUGUCAUCUCCACGUUGCUGUUUGUGUUGUUUGGCUGCCUGCUGUUUGUGGCGCUCCCGGCAGCCAUCUUUAAACACAUCGAGGGGUGGUCUGCGCUGGAGUCCCUUUACUUUGUGGUCAUCACCCUGACCACCAUAGGAUUUGGAGACUUUGUGGCAGGUGGUUCAGAAAUAGAGUACUUAGAUUACUAUAAACCAGUUGUAUGGUUUUGGAUUCUGGUGGGACUAGCCUACUUUGCUGCCAUCCUCAGCAUGAUAGGAGACUGGCUCAGAGUCAUUUCCAAGAGGACGAAAGAAGAGGUAGGAGAGAUCCGGGCUCAUGCGGCAGAGUGGACAGCUAAUGUCUCAGCAGAGUUCAAAGAAACUCGUCGACGUGUGAGCGUCGAGAUCUACGAUAAGUUCCAGCGUGCCACGUCGAUUAAGCGCAAACUGUCCUCUGAGCUGGGAUUCAGCCCUGCCCCUGAGCUCACUCUGCCAAAGAGGACCGUGUCGGUCAAUUUCAAUGAUGAACGAGACAAGGAGGCCGGGCUGCAGGGUCUGACGACACCUCUGACUAGAAAUGGUGGUUUGUUCAUGAACGGUUUGGAUCCAGAGAGAGGAGAUCUCUCAGUCAUCGAACCCCUCAAGUAGAAAGAGGAUGGUCAACACACCUUUCAAGGCACCAGAGCAGAGAGCAGAAACAAAUGAAGUCAUAGUGAGAAUGUGGUACCUUGUGACCCCAGCAGGGACAUCUUCACCCCUCUACAGAGAUGUAAGCCUUGUUCAAGAACAUGAUUUGACAAUGGGACACUUUUAUCUCACUUCACCCCGCCAGUGAAACAAAGAGCAAAUAGAAGAACAUACAGAACAUGAGUUUAUCUUUUUGCAGAGUGAUUGAAUCUCACUCAGAUCUUGGAAUAAACUAAUGAUGAUUUGGGAUCAACAAGUUAGCCCUUGCUAACAUUUCCACAUAUUGUAUACUCAAAAUCAGAAGAAUGUCCAUGAUGCCUGUCAGUCCUUGCAGCAUGUCAAUAUUUUUCAUACUGAACAAUUCAGGACACAUUUUUAACACAGCUUUACAACUGAUGAACAUUUUGUUUGUUUUCUUUCUUUUCUUUAAGACAGCUAGUAGCAUAGACACAGACAGAAAGCAUCAGGAUUGCUGCAGAUAUGUAUAUGGAGAUACAUUAUAUAUCACUUGGCCAUGUUUUUAAGAAGGACAUUGCUGUAUGCCAUCUGAAUGCAGACUGACACUGACAAUCAUAGCUGGUUGUUAACACUAAAGGACACAAUCAGAAGAUGAUGUUUGAACUACAAAAGGGUGGUGGAGUAUGAUGACGGUGUUUGAACUACAGAUGAGAGCAGUGUGUGCUUUACUGAUGUGACUGCCUGAUGUGGAGUCACAGUAUAGAGACUCCCCAGACUAAUGUCAUAUUUAAGUUGACAAGUCAUAAAAAUGAGAGAUUUGCUGUUCUGAAAAAUGGCUGGAUCAACUUUUGGAAAGUUUUCUUGCUGGUUUCACUGUUUCCAUCUCAUGCAGUAGCUUUGGUAAAUGAGAUAACUGUGUAGGGUGCUGAAUUUUAUAUUUCUUGCCUGAAUAUCUUAAAAUUAUAAUCAUCGCCACAAACCACUGUUAUACUGAAAAGCAGUACUCUUACACAUACUACAUUUGAACACUGGUUUCCAGUGACAGACAUGUACAGUCCUGCAGUCCUGUACUCUUACUUACUUACUACUUAUUCUAGCCUUUUUGGUUUCAUUGGAUCUUUUUAGUUUUAGAAAAGAGGAAGAAGGUGGACACAGUUCAAAAGGGCCAAAGAGUUUCUCUCUGAUUCUGGAUGUAGUUUUAAAAGAAACGUUUUGUUUAAAAGAGAUUCAUCAAACCAUUGUUGUGCCUUAAACUCUUUACUUUGCCAAUCCAAGGCCUUUGUGAGGUGGACAAC